GUGUGUUGUGAAUAUGGCACACUUGUUUACGUAUGAUAUCAUUUGGGCAGGGCCGUCGUGUCAGGUGUGAUGUAGUCCUGUCGCACCUACAUGGAACGUUUAAAGAGGAUUUCCCGCCAGUAAUUCAUAUGCGUCAAAAUGGGAACAUCAAGAAUAGAAGCAGUCGUCGAAUUUGACUACGUGGCUCAGGAGCCCGAUGAACUGACGCUGAGGAAAGGUGAUGUUAUUACCAACAUCAAAACACAACCAGGAGGAUGGUGGGAGGGCACUUUAGGAAACAAGAGAGGAAUGUUUCCUGACAAUUUCGUCAAGGUUGUUUCAGAGCCACCUGACAGCAGAAUGUCAAAUGAUGUCGCUUUGAGGCCAGUUAGGGGAAGAAAGUGCAAGGUCCUUUUCAGCUAUGCUCCUGUCAACGAAGAUGAGUUGGAAUUACAGGUUGAUGAUAUUAUCCAUGUCAUUACAGAAGUUGAAGAAGGCUGGUGGAAAGGAAGACUUCGAGAUAGGGUAGGAGUAUUCCCAUCAAAUUUUGUAGCUGAAAUAGAGGAAAAGACUGUUAGCAGCAGCCCAUAUAUUAGUGCCAGCACUGCAUCACCACCAACAGCUACAACAGCAAGUGGGUCUACGACGACAGCAACUACUACAGCUUCGUUGCCGCAUGAGAUGAAACCUGCUCAUAGAGAAGAAGCGAGUGAAAGUGAAGGGGAACUAUCAACAUCUGUAUCUAGUCCGGAUUCCAGCCAGCUGCUUGAUUCUACUGGGAGAUCAGAUCAGGACACAGACUCACCUCUUCUGCCACCAAAACCAGUUAAAGAAAUCUGUCGAGUACUCUUUCCUUAUGAAGCAGCAAAUGAUGAUGAACUCACUCUGAAGGAAGGUGAUUUAAUCACACUCUUGAGCCGUGAAGUGCAAGACAAGGGAUGGUGGAAAGGAGAGCUUAGAGGUCAGAUCGGUGUGUUCCCAGAUAAUUUUGUUGAAGUCAUUCAGCAGGAGGAGCAACCAAAGAAAAGUGAACGCCCGCCAGCAAAGACCCAAACAACAACAAACCGAGUUAGAGACAGUAUUACAAAACCUGUCAUCCCUUCUGGUAUAAGCAAGCUGGACUCAACAGAAGCACCACAGAAGAAGCCCCCAGAGGUAGCUGCAGCUCGAUCAGAAGGCAAGAUCAGUCCUGUCCCACCAAUUCCUGGAAAGAAGCCACAACUCCCGCCACCCAUCAAGAAGCCUCAAAGGUUGGGCUCCUUAUUUCAGUCCUCACUAAGACAGGAGUCUAUUGAACAAAGAACUGUAGACAGAGUUGAUGGAGGAAGCUCAAGCAAACCAUCUCGUUCAACGCACACUGUCAAAGAUGGUGUUCCAGAAUUUGACAGCAUUGAGCGUAGUGCAAUGCUGGUUCAUCCAACUGCUUCAAGAGCAAAGGCUCCUCGCCGCAGACUACCCACGUCGUUUGGUAAACAGUCGGAACAAGCUCCUGUUGGAAUGAUGAAUGGAAAUGCUGACAUUGGACACAAUGAAAUUGAGAACAGCCAUGAAGACAGUGAUGACAAAGAGGAGAGUGGGUCAAAGAGCUGGGCAAGUGAGAAGAACAAAGUACCUUGGUUAGAAGAACUUAUGCAAAAUCAAGCAAGAAAGAAUGUCCCAGGGCCCAGAAAUUUCCUUAGUCCCCGGAGCCCUACCCCAAGCCAGACGAGUCCCAAGGCACUCUCUCACAGUCCUGAUCAGAUGGAGAAGAAAGUAACACCACCAUCUACAAAAGCUAAGGCUGAACAAGCUGCCAUGAAGAACAUCACCACUCAAGAAAAACAAGUGGCAAAAUCAAAGAAGCCUUCAACAGAGAAUGUAGUUCCAGUGAUAAUGAGGCACUCAUCAACUACUCGCACAGGCUCUUCAGUAGGUGGUUCCUCUGUACAACAGAGGCCCUUCUCAAUGAGUGCAGCAAGUUCUGAACUACAUUGGUUCACUUCUGAAAGUGCAUCUCUAACAAGUUCAAAGUCAACAUCAUUAAGUCAGAGUAUUUCUGGCAGUACUGCAUUGCUCUCUGCACAAACAAAAGCUCCUGAACCUAGUAAUGUGUUAUCGCAUGAUGUAGAGCAGAGAAUAGAGCCCCCUACUACAAGCUCAGAUGGCACAAUAUCUACAAAACAGCUAUUUGAACUCAAGGAGAGGGUAGGAAAGUUGGAGCAGAGUCUAGCAGAGCAGAAGGAAUUGUUCACAAAAACAGUAAAAGAGUUUAUGGACAAGCUAAAUGAAGAAGUAGCACGGAGAAAACAAAUUGAACAGGAACUUGAUAAACUAAUUAAUCUGGUAACACAGGUUUAACUAUUAAGAAUGGUUCUAGGCACACUACUUCCGGUAACACAGUAUUUCUUGAGUCAGAGUGCAGUUGUUAGUUUUGUGUAGAAAGAUAUGGUGCCAACAAUAUUUGUCGUUCACAGAAAGACAAGACUUAUUCAUAUAAGUAUGCAUUCCACACACCUGUGAGACCAAUGUGGCAUUUCAUUCCAUUCCAAGAAAUAAAUUCCUUUCUCCAUUUAAAUUUUUAGAAUGUUUCCUGUGCUAUUUUGUAAGAAAAGUUAUUACCUGAAGUAAGUCCUCAUAAAUCGCAUUG